AUGGAGUCGCUCGCUCUCCUCAGCGCCAAGCCCGGCCUCACCCUCCGCGCCGGGCCACGCCUCCCCCUCCCGCGCCUGCGAGCCACCCGCGCCUCCCUCUCCCCCACCUCCACCUCCACCUCCAGCCCCGCCGCUCUCCACUCCCCGCUCCUCGCGUCCAGAGCCCGCACCUCCCACGACGCCGUCCUCGGAUACGGCCUCCUCAAGCGGAGGCCCACCCCCACCCCCAGCGUCUCCUGCAGCGCGGCGGCGGCCGCCGCCGCGCUGCCGCAGCCGCCAGAGCCCAAGAAGUUCCUCGGCGUGGGCCUGCCGACGCUGAAGAAGAUCGUGCCGCUGGGGCUCAUGUUCUUCUGCAUCCUCUUCAACUACACCAUCCUGCGGGACACCAAGGACGUGCUGGUCGUCACCGCCAAGGGCAGCAGCGCCGAGAUCAUCCCCUUCCUCAAGACCUGGGUCAACCUGCCCAUGGCCAUCGGGUUCAUGCUCGCCUACUCCAAGCUCUCCGACGUGCUCUCCCGGGAGGCGCUCUUCUACACCGUCAUCUUCCCCUUCAUCGCCUUCUUCGGCCUCUUCGGGUUCGUGCUCUACCCGCUCAGGGACCUCAUCCACCCCACCGCGCUCGCCGACAGGCUGCUCGCCGCGCUCGGGCCCAGCUUCCUUGGGCCCGUCGCCAUACUCAGGAUUUGGAGCUUCUGCUUGUUCUAUGUCAUGGCAGAGCUAUGGGGCAGCGUCGUCGUCUCGGUCCUCUUCUGGGGGUUCGCCAACCAGAUCACCACAGUUGAUGAAGCAAAAGAGUUCUACCCUCUAUUUGGCCUUGGGGCAAAUAUUGCCCUUAUCUUUUCUGGGCGCACAGUUAAAUAUUUCUCAAAUUUGCGGAAGACAAUGGCUCCAGGAGUUGAUGGCUGGGAGGUAUCUUUGAAAGGAAUGAUGGGCAUAGUGGUACUUCUUGGGCUUGUCAUUUCUUCCAUCUAUUGGGCGGUGAACAAGCUUGUUCUGAAUGACCCUUCUCUUCCGAAGUCUGAUCACAAGAAGAAAAAGAAGAAACCUAAGCUCAGCAUGAAAGAGAGUAUGAAAGUUCUGGUCUCUUCGAAAUAUGUGAGGGACCUUGCUACCUUAGUGGUUGCAUACGGCAUUAGUAUCAAUCUUGUGGAAGUCACAUGGAAAUCAAAGCUCAAGGCACAGUUCCCUAGUCCAAACGAAUACUCAUCUUUCAUGGGUGACUUCUCUACUGCAACUGGAAUUGCAACUUUCACGAUGAUGCUGUUAGGCCGUAUUAUAUUCCAAAAAUUUGGCUGGGGAGUGGCUGCCAUGAUCACCCCCACGGUUUUGUUGGUCACUGGUGUUGGUUUCUUCUCUCUGCUUCUGUUUGGGCAACCACUGACUCCCAUGCUUGCCACGAUGGGUAUGACACCUCUUCUUGCAGCUGUUUAUGUGGGUGCACUGCAGAACAUAUUUAGCAAGAGUGCAAAGUACAGUUUGUUUGAUCCCUGCAAGGAAAUGGCCUAUAUUCCUUUGGAUGGAGAUAUGAAGUUGAAGGGAAAGGCAGCCAUUGAUGUUGUCUGCAACCCAUUAGGCAAGUCUGGCGGUGCGCUGAUCCAACAGUUCCUGAUCCUGAUAUUCGGCUCUUUGGCAAAUUCGACACCCUACCUUGGUGGCAUACUGCUGGUCAUUGUGCUCGCAUGGCUAGGAGCUGCAAGAUCGCUGGACAAGCAAUUCUCAAGCUUGGCCAAAGAGGAUCUCAGAAAGGAGAUGUCUGAGAAGGAGAAAGCGGAAACCGUGCCGCUCAAGGAACCUGAGGCAGCUACUGAUAUAUUGGUGGAGCAACCAAACGGAACAACUGGAACUGAGAGCUGACCAUCUAACUCAUCUCCAGUUCAGUAGAUCCAUCAACCUUCUUUGGAGAAACCAUAGGACAGAGCAUGGUCACAUCGAUCUGAUCAGAAAUAAUUGAGAAGGAACUAUCCACCGUUUCUUCGUGUCUGUAACAGUGAGUAGAAUCAAGGUGCUUGUUAGUUUGUAAUGUGAGCAAAUUUUGACAGCCGGCCUGGAAGGCUGGAAUACCAUUGUGAGGAAAUUCAACCAUUGUUGCGAUUAGGAUGUCGUAGAUUUUUCA